UGUACCACUAAUAGUGUUCUGCUUUUACCUAUUAGCACCUAGCUAGCAUACCAACUUCGAUAUAUCUGAGCAUUUAUUUUAUAAAUUAGCUAAAUGAAAACACCGCCGAUGAAACGCAGCUACUCUAAAAUUCCCGUGUGGAUUGUAGAAGAUCAUCAUGAGGUUGUGCAGCACAUCUACCGCGCCAUUGGCUCUCGGCACAUCCCCAUGAAGGAGGUGAAGAUGGUUCACUUGGACUCGCACCCUGACCUGCUCAUCCCUGUCAGCAUGUCCGCUCACACCGUGUUUGAUAAAGAGGCUCUGUUCAGUGAGCUGAGCAUCGAGAACUGGAUCAUGCCGAUGGUGUACGCCGGACACGUGUCCCACGUGGCCUGGCUCCAUCCCUACUGGGCUCAGCAGAUCCGAGAGGGCGAGCAUGAGAUGUGUGUGGGGAGAGACGCGUCCACAAACACCAUCAGAGUCACGAGCACGGACGACUACUUCCUGAGUGAUGCUCUUUACGUUCCCGCCGAGCAGCUCCGAGACGGGAAGCCCUUCCGCCUGAGCGUCAUCCGCGUGGAUCCGGUGCAGACGGCAAAGGAUGAAGACCAGCUGAACACUGCCAAGAAAUCCAAACCGGACCCUGAGCCGGUCUGCAGCGGGUCAUGUGCCGGCGUGUCUCGUGCAGCAGAUGGCAGCAGCGGUACAUCAGAGACGGCGAGCACGGAGAAAUCAAGCGCUUCAGCUGUAGGCAGCCUACUGAGUGUGCUUAAACCAGACGACCCCUACAUCCUCGAUAUCGACCUGGAUUUCUUCUCCUGUAAAAACCCCUUCAAGGAAAUGUACACACAGGAAGAGUACUCCAUCCUGCAGGAGCUGUACAGCUUCGAGAGGCCGCGCGAGGAUGCGGACGAGGAGACGUUGUGUGAGUGUGUGGAGAGACGAACGCGGCAGCUGGAGGAUCUGGAGGCCGUCUUUGCUGAGCUGCUGGAGGAUGACGGCGAACUUACUGUGGAGCGCUUAGCUGAUAAGCAUGGAAUGAAAUCUCUGGUUAAACUCAUCUGCAGCCUGAAGAGUCGGAACGAAUCCCCGGACUAUGAAAUGGUUCACCAGGCCGGUCUGACCUGUGAUUACUCGGAGCUUCCUCACCACGUCAGCAGUGAAGCAGAGAUCCAGCAGCUGAUGCUCGCAGUGCGCUUCGUCCUGCAGCCGCUGCCCAAACCCACCCUCAUCACCAUGUCCAGGUCGAGUUUAGAUGAUUAUUGUCCUCCUGGUCAGGUCGAGUCCAUCCAGAGCAGCGUGCUGAACCUUCUAGAAGCUCUGUUCGGCUCUGUAGAGCUCCAUAAGGAGUAUGAAGAAGCUUCCGGAGAAAACGCAUUGCAGUCCUCAUGAUGAUCAGCUUUAGUGCAGAUCUGUGAUUCAUUCAGGAUGAACCAGCAUGAGCAGUGUGUGUGUGUGUGUGUGUGUGUGUGAGAUAGAGAGAGUGGGGGAGCAUGUUGAGUGUUUUUAAAUUGAAGCUUUUGGAAUCUAUUUUUGUGUGCUGGAUUUGAAAUGUGGACACUGGUAAAAUCACACACACACACACACACACACACCUCAUCUACUACAAGAGUACUGAUUAAAACACACACACACACAGGAUUUGUCUCCAGGCAGUAACAUUCUCAGUGAUGUUCGUCUUUGUGUAAAUAUGUAAUAAAAUUUAAACACCUUCACAAUGCACAAAAUAAAAUAAAAACACAAAAUAAAAUAAAAACACAAAAUAAAAUAAAAACACAAAGCCAGUGCAGCACAAUACAGAAGAAAUGUAUUAUAUUAGUAGAAUAAAGUUCAUUAUUUAUUUUUAUGUAAUAUCUGUAUAAUAAAUUCUCCAUGUUUUCUGAAGUGAUGCUUCAGACUUCCUGGAUCUUAGACCUGUGUGUUACCAUUUCUAUGGUGAUGGAGACCACGCCUCCUUAAUUAUAACUGACAAACAGAGAGGCCACGCCCUCCUCGUUCUUCACUGCAAUUAAAAGCUACAGUGGCAAAAGUUCAUCCAGUGGAGAUUGAAAUGCAGAGACCACGCCCUCCUCUUAAAUUACUCUGACUAGUACAGAGGCCACGCCCUCCUUUUAAAUGGCUCCAAAUGACAAGUACAGGGGCCACGCCCUCCUCUUUCUUUACUCUAACAGACAAGUACAGAGGCCACGCCCUCCUCAUUUAUUACUCUAACUGACAAGUACAGAGGCUCAAAGUACACCAUAUAUCACUAUAUACUAAUCACAGAGGCCACGCCUUCCUCCUUCACUUUAAACUAAAUCAGAGAGGGCACACCCACCUCCUUCACUUUCAAUUGAAUCACAGAGGCCACACCCUUCUCUUCUUCACUUUAAACUGAAUCACAGGAUCCACACCUACCCUCUCUAUUGUAAACUGAAUCACAGAGGCCACACCUACUCUUUCUCUACUGUACACUGAAUCACAGAGGCCACACCCUCCUAAUUUCUCCUCCUCCUCUUUACUUUUUUUAAUGUAUGUUUCAAUGUGUAUCAAGCUUAAUUCAUCAGGUAAGUGUGCUUAUUUGGGAUGUGGUUAAGUCAGAGACUCUGUGUGGCUCCUCCCCACAUGUCAGAGUGUUGUAUAAAAAAAAACAAACAUCCACUGUGCGUUUGAUUGGAUCCUCAUGAGCCUAAAUGUUCUCCAUGUAACAAAACCUGAUUUGUUUUUGUUCCAUCAUAUCUUCCACCAUGUUGUAGU